UUAAAACCUCAUGUAUUUAAAACCUAAGCCACAGUUUUUUGGGAUAUGCCAGGCACUACUCACCGCUGCCUGCAACCCAAAGUAUGUCAAUAUCCUGCCUCUUCUUUUCCUCCCUCCUUAGAAGCCAACCAUAGGAACCAAUACCCAGGCAGUCUUCUGUCUUCUCUCGCCAUGCUUUUAUCUGCAGGGAGGAAGAGAUCCUCCCCUGGGUGUAACUGCGUGCUGUGAAGAAUAGGACUUACAGCUGCCUCCAACAAUGGCCAGUGCCUCCAUUCUCUAGCUGCCACCCAGUGAAUUGGUAUAAAAGAGUCCACUGAGCGGAGUACAGAGUAAACUCAUCUGGUUCCUGUUGCUGACCUGACUGCUUUACAAGCCCUUUGAACAGCAUCCUUUGCAACAAGACAAAAAAUAAACUUCUGCUUAUAUAGUCAUGGGCUCUUUCCACCGAAGCAACAGAGCUGAGAGCCAUUUCCAAGCUCGAGAAGAACACGAACUGGACACUCUGGGGAAGAACGCAUGGGACAAUCCUGUGUAUAAUGGCUCACCUUCCUCUUCACUGAAAAUCAGAACUAUCUACAACCCCAAAUCAAUCCUAGAAAACCCCUAUGAGAAUAUUGAGAAACUGACUGACUCUCCAGCCUACCAAAAAGAAAACAAGCCAACUGAGGAAGUGAAGAAGAAGGAGAAGAAGCCUUUCCCUGGAAUCUGUUUCUUUAUCUUCAAAGGCAUUCGAGGACUUUGGGGCACAACUCUGACUGAAAACACUGCCGAAGACCGAGAACUUUAUGUAAAGACCACACUGCGUGAACUGUUGGUUUAUAUUGUAUUCUUAGUGGAUAUCUGUUUGUUGACUUAUGGAAUGACAAGUUCAAAUGCCUAUUACUACACCAAAGUGAUGUCUGACCUUUUCUUGCAAAGUUCUUCAGAUACUAGUGGAUCCUUCGAGUCCAUUGGAAGCAUGGCUGACUUUUGGGGAUAUGCACAAGGCCCGUUGUUGGACAGCCUGUAUUGGGCCAAAUGGUAUAACAAUAAAUCCCUGGGCCAGAACACUCAAUCCUAUAUCUACUAUGAGAACUUGCUGCUUGGUGUGCCACGAAUGCGCCAACUGAAGGUCCAGAACAAUUCAUGUGUGGUGCAUGAUGAUUUUAAGGAAGACAUCUCUGGCUGUUACGAUGUAUACAGUGAGGAAAAAGAAGAUAGAUCUCCCUUUGGACUCUUAAAUGGAACAGCGUGGCAGUAUCACACAGAGGAAGAACUUGACGGUUCCUCUCAUUGGGGAAAACUAACAACUUACAGUGGAGGAGGCUAUUACAUUGAUCUAAAAAUGUCCCGGGAGGAAAGUGCUGAAAGUCUUCAAGUGUUGAAAGAAAACCUAUGGCUGGAUCGGGGAACCCGUGCAGUCUUUGUGGAUUUCUCUGUGUACAAUGCCAACAUCAAUCUUUUCUGUGUUCUCAGGUUGCUGGUUGAAUUCCCAGCCACGGGUGGUGCCAUUCCCUCCUGGCAGAUCCGAACAGUAAAGCUCCUCCGGUAUGUCAGCACUUGGGAUUUCUUCGUUGUUUCUUGUGAGAUAGUCUUCUGUGUCUUCAUCUUUUAUUACGUUGUGGAAGAGAUGUUGGAGCUACACAUUCACAGGCUUCAGUACUUCACCAGUAUCUGGAAUAUCCUGGAUAUAGUCGUCAUAUUGCUUUCUAUUGUAGCUAUUGGAUUCCACAUCUUUCGCACCAUUGAAGUCAAUAGGUUGAUGGGGCAGCUGUUGAAAAACCCCAGCAUCUAUGCAGAUUUUGAGUUCUUGGCUUUCUGGCAAACCCAGUACAACAAUAUGAAUGCUGUGAACUUAUUCUUUGCCUGGAUCAAGAUUUUUAAAUACAUUAGCUUUAACAAAACGAUGACACAACUCUCCUCUACAUUAGCCCGUUGUGCCAAAGACAUUCUGGGAUUUGCCAUCAUGUUCUUCAUUGUCUUCUUUGCAUAUGCACAAUUGGGAUAUCUUCUUUUUGGGACUCAAGUGGAAAACUUCAGCACGUUUGUUAAAUGCAUCUUCACCCAGUUUCGAAUCAUUCUUGGCGAUUUUGACUACAAUGCGAUUGACAAUGCGAACAGGAUCUUGGGGCCUAUUUACUUUGUCACCUAUGUCUUCUUUGUCUUCUUUGUGCUAUUGAACAUGUUCCUAGCUAUCAUCAAUGACACCUAUUCUGAAGUCAAAGAGGAACUUUCAAACCAGAAAAAUGAACUGCAGUUGUCAGAUAUCUUGAAACAGGGCUAUAACAGAACACUGAUGAAGCUGAAGCUGAACAAGGACCGUAUUUCUGAUGUGCAGAAAGCUUUGCAGAAAGGGACCAAGGAGCUAGAAUUUGAAGAUUUCAAAAACAGUUUGAGAAAGCUUGGUCAUGCAGAGCAUGAAAUCACAGCAGCCUUUGCAAAGUUUGAUAAAGACGGUAACCAAAUUCUUGAUGAAGAGGAGCAGAAGAGGAUGCGGAAUGAUUUGGAGGAGAAAAGGGUUGCUCUGAAUGAAGAAAUAGAGAACCUGGGGAAAUCCUUUGGGGACAAUGGCUUCAACGACCCCCUUGCCUUUGCAGACGCAAAGAACAAUCAAGCAAAUAAGUCUAGCUCGGCAUCUGAAGAAGAAUUCCAAAGACUUUUACAGCGGGUACUGCACUUGGAGCAUUCCAUUGGUGGCCUCAUAUCAAAAACGGAAGCCUUGGUUCUUAAACUAGAGGGCACAGACAAAAGCAAAGUUGAACAUCUCAACGAAAAAAGUCUGAUCCCUCAGAAAACUGCAAAGAUCAACAAGAAAGAAGAUGGAUUGGAGGCGUUUUUACAGGAGAAGAACAUCACUAUGAAUUCUUUGAGUGCUAGUAGCAAUGCUGUCUACCCCAUCCUGUCCAAGACGGAGCUCGCGGGAUCUCAGUUGCCCAAGACUGUUCAGCUACAAUCUAAUAUGAACAUCUAGUACAUGCUGCAAAUCCCAAUGCUUACUAUCCUCCCUGCUAUUUCAUGACUUGUAGUCUGGCCUGGACUUUAACUAUACUUUUAUAUCAAAAGUUAGGAAUUUCCCCAUCUUUGUUUACCGAAAGCAGAUACAGAUGCUAAUAUACAUGCACAUAUAAACAGCAUAAUUUUCAAGUCACAACCCACAUUUUUCAAAAUCCAAUUGUCACAGGGACAGAAAGUGAGGUGAAAUCUUCUGAACAGGGGUACCAGCAGCAAAACAAACAGGGCAUGGGUGUUAACCUUUACCUCUGUUAGCCAAAACUUUAAAUAAAAUUGGCUGGAGUUACACUUAAAAAUGUACCUGUUCCAACUUUGAACCCAUUGCUCGGAGUCCUAGUGCCCUGGAGACUAGGACUCAGAGCAGUGGGUUCAAAUUACAGGAAAGGAGAUUUCACUUGAACAUUAGGAAGAACUUGCUGACCAUAAAAGACGUUCAACAGUUGAACUCACUGCCUUGAACUGUGAUGGAGCUUCCUCCUUUGGUGGCUUUUAAAUAGAGGCUGGAUGGCCAUCUGUUGAGGGUGCUUUGAUUGUACUUUUCCUGCAUGGCAGGGGUUUGGAACAGAUGCCCCUCAUAGUCUCUUCCAGAUCUAUGAUUCUUUUGUCCAAAUUUAACUCAAGAACAAACCUACAGAACCUGUCUUGUUUGUAACCUGGGGACUGCCUGUGUUCUUGGCAGAUAUCAGGAUUGUUGAAAUCCCCAUCACCACUACAUCCCUCCUUUCUGAAUGUAUGGCAUCAUCCAAGUCCUCAGUCUGACUUGGAGAUCUCUAGCAGAUCUCCCACAAUAAUGUCCCCGUUACUUAUCUCCCCCUUUUUACCCAGAAACUCUCAACCUGGCUUCUAGGAUCCCCCACAAGUAUAAAUAUCCUUCACAUACAAUGUUACUCCUCAUAAGAAAUAGGUUAUACCACCCUACAUUCCAAUCAUGACACCUCCUAUCAAGUUCAGUGAUGUCAAUUAUAUUUGCUUUAAGAUUGUCAUUCCCCUUGUUCGUUCCUCUGCCUUUUAAAAAAUAAAAUAGUCUCAAAGGCACAACACAAAAAUCUGGACAGUCUAUGCCUAUCAGAAUUAGUUUCCCAAUAGAUGUCAGGGUAAUUGAAUUCCUCCGUACCUAUUAAUUCUUGUAUUUUUUUGAGAUUUAUUUUUUAAAAGCAUUUUCUGCCCUCUUCUUGGCUUGGUUGCCUGUAGCAGACCUGUCACAAAUCUACUUCUUUCAUUGUCUGUGUUUACCUACCUGUAAAUGCUUUUGACUGGUCUAUUCUGAUCAUUCUCAUGGAUUUAAUUACAUCGUUGUUGUUUUUGGGGUGUUUAUUUUUUUUUUACUUCUUUCCCAGUGAAGUCUAAAGUCAUAUGCAGAACAUAAGUCAUUGCACCCAAGAGCUGGAUUCACUGCUAUCACCUGUCAUAUCACUUGUCUGUGUCCUUCCAACACCCUGUAGAGGCCAUAACCUAAAGUCUAUUCUCUGUUUCCCUAAUUGGCUUUUAAAUAGUGAAUACUGUGGUUCCUACAUAAGGAGAAAGGUGGGAUAGAAAUCAAAUAAGUACUUUGAGCACUUUGAUGAUAUCUGUAGAUCUGGUGCCUGCUCCAAUUCAAUGAAGGUUCACUGAGGAACAUCUUGGGCAUGAAUUCUCAUGCAUAUACAUCUGAAACAUGUUUGGGUAAUAGUUUAGAAGAGUUAAUCUGCUAAAUCAUAUCUUUGCAGUGGUUGCUAUCACACAAUGUUUAAUUGUUGUCUCUUUAGGUCGGUGUACCACUAAUGUUGAGAGCUUCAUUCUCUGUGGCUGUUGUUAUGCAGUGUGACCAUCUGCUAUCUGUAUUCCUAUAAGAAUAUUAUACCUCUAAUUAUAAGGCAUAAUGUAACUUGAAAGAAGUAAAGUAUUUUUCAAUGAAGAGUA